AUGUCACAAUUAACAAGAAUGCAAGGCAGUGCAGAGAAGAAUGGUGGUGAGGCCCCAAUGCAUGAAAACAACGCCACUUUAAACUCAGCUCGAGGAGGCCGUCGUCAUCAUUGCAGAAAACGUCCACAUACCACACCUGGUAUGCCAAGGCAUUCCACGUCAGGGGAAGAGGAUAAAUCAGCACGCAGAACAGAACCACAUCCGCAGGUCACCUCCACUCAAGGUAUUAACAGCAGUCACCACAUUGCAAGCACUGCUGAUUCGCACAGCAAAAAACGCUGCCCACCAUCUUCUUCCGGAUCCCACCAUCUCUACCCCGUGCAUCAGCCGCCAUCUCAAUUCAAUUCCACCUCUCAUCAUUACGCACACUCUCCCUCACACAUGCAAUCCAGUGACCCCUCCCACGUUUACCAUCGUCCCACCCAUCACCCAUCAUCCAACACCACAUCUGACGUCCAUAACUACAGAAAUGCAUUUCCACACGUGUCAUCCUCACUACACCUCCACAACAACACAUCAACUACCGCCUCUCACUCCAGCUCCUGUCCAAUGAUUCGACAGCACUCUCCACUCAACUACCACUACAAUCUCACUUCGCGCUAUCCUGUGUACAUCCCCAAAACUAAGCGCCAAAUUCGUGAUGCCAAAUUAGUCACAAUGGAUUACGGGCAUCAGUGA